AUCACAAAGCAAACCAGAUCCACACACGGCUGACUGACACCAACUCAUCGAUCCAGUGUUCGACCGAGAGGAUGGCAGCCGACGGCAUGCACGUCGUGAUGUUCCCCUUCCUCGCCUUCGGACACAUCAGCCCGUUCGUGCAGCUGGCGCGCAAGCUCGUCGCCGGCGGCGGGGUAAGGGUCACGCUGCUGUCGGCUGCGGCCAACGUGCCCCGCGUCGAGGCCAUGCUGGGGCCGGCGGCCGCCGCGGUGGCGGUGGCCCCGCUGCGCCUACAACGCGUGCCGGGGCUCCCCGAGGGCGCCGAGAGCACGGCCGAGGUCUCCGCGGACGGCGCCGAGCUGCUCAAGGUCGCCGUCGACGGGACCAGGCCGCAGGUGGCGGCCCUGCUCGCGGAGCUCCGCCCCGACGCCCUGCUGUUCGACUUCGCCACCCCGUGGGUCACCGAGCUCGCGGCGCCGCUCGGCAUCAAGGCGCUGCACUUCUCGGUCUUCUCCGCCGUGUCAGGCGCCUACCUGAUGGUCCCCUCCCGCCGCCUCAGCGACGGUGACCAUGACCUCAAGUCGGCGCCCGCAGGCUUCCCGCCGUCUUCUUCGCUCGCGACCGUGCCGGCCUACCAGGCCGCCAACUUCAGCUACGUGUUCACCAGCUUCCACGGUGAGCCGUGCGUGUACGACCGCGUCCUCGCCGGCAUCCAGGCCAGUGACGCCAUCGUCAUCAAGACGUGCUUCGAGAUGGAAGGACCCUACAUCGACUACCUUGCCGCCCAGCACGGCAAGCCGGUGCUCGUCACGGGCCCGGUCGUGCCGGAGCCGCCGCAGGGCGAGCUCGAGGAGCGGUGGGCCAAGUGGCUCUCCUCCUUCCCGGACAAGGCCGUCGUGUUCGCCUCCUUCGGUAGCGAGACAUUCCUCCCGGCCGACGCCGCGACGGAGCUACUCCUCGGCCUGGAGGCCACCAACCGGCCGUUCCUCGUCGUGCUCAACUUCCCCAAGGGCACGGACACCACGGCGGAGCUGGCGGAGCGCACGCCGCCGGGGUUCGAGGAGAGGACCAAGGGCAGGGGCGUGGUGCACACGGGGUGGGUGCAGCAGCAGCACAUCCUGCGGCACCGCAGCGUGGGGUGCUUCGUGAACCACGCCGGGCUGAGCUCCGUCGUCGAGGGGCUCGUGGCCGGCUGCCGGCUGGUGCUGCUGCCGAUGAAGGGCGACCAGUACCUCAACGCGGCGCUGUUCGCGCGUGACCUCCGCGUCGGGACGGAGGUGGCGCGGCGCGACGGCGACGGGUGGUUCGGGCGCCGGGACGUGAGCGACGCCGUGGAAACGGCAAUGGCGGACGGAUGGGAGGGUCAAGGGACUAAUAAAUGGAGGGACUUCUUGGUGGACGACGCCGUGCAGAAGAGGUUGGCCGAUGACUUCGUCACCGACUUUAAGAAAUUCGUGAGGGCUUGAAAAGAUGAUGUAUGCUUCGUUCGUACAUGAAGUCAAAUCAAAUAAAUGAAAUGUGUGGUUAUGUCUCAGUCAACUGAGACCGUGACUUAACCAAGUCUCAGUCAAGUA